AUGAACGGGGUGACAGACCCCUUACUGCUCCGCGUGCCGCAUGUUCCACCACCCUCCUCUUUCGGACUGGCUCACGGUAAUACGCCUUGGCUCCUGCAAGCACCUCUGCGGCUGUUAUGUGUGAUUGCUGUCGCUGCGACCCACGGCUCCUAUUGCUCUGCUGCUGCUGCUGCUGCUGCUGCUGCUCCCUUUCAGGUGGCUCAGGUGGCCUGGACAACGCCAUCCCAUGAUUCCACUGUGAAGGUCCGGUAUCUUCACCGUUCUCGAGCCCCUCGGCAGCUCCUCCUUGCCCUUGGCCCCUCUCUGCUCUUCUCCAUCUCCCAUCAUUGGUCCGGUCCGCCUGUCAAUCACCCGAUGACGUGGGUUGGAUUUUCCCUGCAGCUGGAAGGGCCAGAAACCCGAGACGCCUGA